ACCGUCUUUAGCUGUGAUAAUGAGGCUAUGACAAUUGUUUUUGUUAUGAUUCAAUAGGUUCAGUUUUUUAAGUUGCUGCAGGUCUAUUGUUGUUGACAAUCGUGUUGGUUACUUCAGGAAGGAAAUUAAAUCUGGAUUAAAAAAGAAAAACGUAUUAAGAGAAAGCUCACUUAUUUAGAUAGCCUGCAGCUUUUGCAACUGUAAGUCACAGUCUCGCAGGUUCACCCCGAUCUGGGUUGGCAAAGUUUCCACAGUCCGCUGCCCUACACUUGACUUUUGUGCUGUUGAAUCAAAACCAAACAUGCAGGACACAGAUGCAAACAGUUUGUUUGAAAAGCAUACUAUUGAAGAAAUCAGAGACUUGGAGAAGAAGACAAGAUCCGAUAUUGAGAAAAAGAAAGAAGAUUUACGAGUGAUGGUCGGAGAGAGGUACAGAGAUCUCAUUGAUGCAGCAGAUACAAUUGCGGAUAUGAAGACAAGUGCUGAAAAUGUGAUGAAGUCUAUUUCAAGCAUGGAAAACUUGUGCAACACAAUGCGUCAAAAGCACAUGGUUAAAGGAGCUUCUUUCCACAUGCACAUCAAUAUUGACAGAGACAAGAAUACCAGGGAGCAAGACUUCUAUGGUACUGCUGCCCAGAUCAAACUUCUUAUGGAUAUACCUGAAAAGAUCUGGAGCAGUGUGGAGAGUCAGGAGUACCUGGAGGCCACUCAGCUCUACUUGUUGGCUCGUCACAUCAACACCAGUCUGCACCUGGACCCCCGGCGCUCCUCGGAUGUCAUAACGUGGUUCCCUGUCCUCACAAGACAGUGGGCUGCCAUCAGUCAUUUCAAGACCACGAUUUUGCAGGGCUGCCGUUCUCUGCUAACAGACACAGAGGCUGAUCUAAGUGACUUGCAAAUGGCCAAUGUCUUGUGCUCCAUAAUUCUGUUAGAAGACAGCACUCCACGCCAAGUUUUCACUGAGUUUUUGUUAGCUCGUACAAAAGCCUUGCAGCAGAUUCUGCACUCUGGCCAGCAGGGCAAUGUGAAGCUGCAGGUGACAGGAGUUGCUCGGCUCCUCACAUCGUCGCUACGGCAGAUCUACUCUGUCUUCUACUAUCAUGACUCUCAGAGCUCCGGUCACACCCCAGGAGAACCAUUUGGUUUGCUCUUGACCACGCUGGACAGCGUUGUGUCCAAAUCAAACCAGGACACUCUUCUUUGGGACAUGCAGGGAACCAUAUCAUCAAGGUGCUUACCACAGUCUGUGAGAAAUUUCAAGCCCAUGCUGAGGACUCCUGCUACAGCACUUCAGGCUCAGCAUCUCAAAGACAAUUGUCAACAGUGGAUAAACACUUGUCUGCAAGAUGUUCAGUCCGGAGUGGGAAAGCUGCUGAACUAUGUGAACACAGUGAAAAGACUGGCAGACAUUCGGGACGAAGUCUGGGAGCUACUCAGUACAGUUGAGAGUACAGUGAGCUGGAAACAAAUCAGUGAGAGCAUUGUUUGCUUGAAAGUGUGGGAGGAUUUCUUCAGGCCGUUGUUUGUUGGGAGAGUGAAGGCUUUGGUUCAGUUCCAGUUGGACACAGCUGCUGAACUGACCAAUCGUACCAUCUCCAAGGUUAUGAUGGAACUCACCUCUGACAUGAAUGACAGUUCACUACAAUGUGAGCGAGAUCUGUCUGUGUUCUUAUGGACUGAGAACCCCAGUGACAUCAUCAUGGCAGACAUUUGGCAGGCAGCAUCUACAAAAACCCUCAGCGACUGCGGAGGCCUUGUUCUUAAGGCCAGGGCUUUCACACCAGCAGUACAAAACCUGUGUCACAGUGUGGAUGAAAAGCUGAAAGUCUUGCUGGAAGACACUGAGACUUAUGUCUUGGGAGGAAACAAUGAGGAUGUGAAGGAACAAGGGGCUUUCAACAGAUUUGCUGACACAGCAGAUAUUCUCAAAUACAUGCAGGGCUCCUGUGUCAAGUGUGUUCAAGAAAUUCUCGACUACCUCACAGAGCAGCUGAGACUGUGGGAGAAAUCACUGGCUGACAUCCCUGAUCCCCUCACCAAUGCCAUCACUGAAAAUAAAGUUCUACUGACUGGGCGAAUGUGCUCUGCCAUGAGUGAAAUCACCCCACACCUACAGCGCUGCAUACUGGCUCUCCCUGACUGGGACAAGCAAGCCUCCUUUAAUUUGACCAAAAAGCGCACACAAAAGCCAUCAGACUUACCAGAGUGGCAAGCUGUCCACUCAAAGCUUGUACAGUGUCAAAUGUUGGCCUACAGGAUAUGGAUCAACUAUACUGCAAAGAAGCUCAUGACAGCUACCACAGACUACAUCAGCAGCACAAGCCCAGAUGUGAUACUCUCAACGGCGACAAGGUGGGAUGAAGUUGAGAUUCUUGAAGAGACAGAGGAAGGAAAAAAACUCUCGUCUAAAAUCUAUGUUCCAAUGCAGGCAUCAUGGCAAAUUCAGACUCUUCUACACAGACUCUGUGCUGACCUGAACAAGAUUGGAGUGCAAGCUUUGCCGAGGUCUGUGAUAACAGAUUUGCUGGUUGUGGUGACAGAUGAUCUGCUGACUUCCUAUGAACAACUUUUGUCCUCGAGGGGUAAGAAGAACGGGCCCCACCCACUGAGCCAGCAUGAAGUGUUGCAGGAAAUGUUCAACUUCAAAUUCAUUCAGCUGAUCAUUCCUCGAAAAGGAGAUGAAGAAAUCCACAAAAAGUACGAACACCGCUGUCAGGCUGUUGUAGCGGGUCUGGAGGAAUUAGUUGACCCAUUUGAUCUGGAUGUCUUCUCUCCAUAUAUGCAAGCAAACCUUCUGAAGCAAGCUCAGAGAUGUUCUGUGAUAUUCGGAGCCCUGGCGAGCCUGGACAAGCACGGGGGUGUUCUGGGGUCGACGACCUCUCGUCCCGUGCUCAGCAGCCAGGAACAGCACAACAUCCUUCCCUUGUCGUCCUGCCCACAGCGGUUCCCUCUCCUGCCGCUCAGUUCCAAGCAGGCCAGCCGGUCAGCUCUGACCACUCAGCCUAUGACUGCCCAAGCCAUAAACAGAGCCCCAGAGGUCGGAGGUCAGAGUCUAACCUCAGCUGUGGAGGCCACUCUGCCGAUGACUUCAUCACAAGCCGACCUGAGCAGUUCCUUCUAUGAUAAGAUGGAGAAGUUGGGCAGCAUGGGCUCCAGGAUCUUCUCCAACAUCAGCGGGAAAUCCUGAUCCGUCUCUGCUCCAAAUGUUUGUAACUUAUAUUGGUGGUUCUCAACUGGUGGUCCAUGGACCUUUUGUGGUCCGCGAUGUCUUGUUUUGGUGGAAUGCAAGACAUUUUCUGUAUCUGGCGGUAACCUGUAUAAAGUGGUUCAUAAUAUGAUAUAAUUAUUAUAUUUUAAGAUUUAUUAGAAAUGCAGUUUGACACAUGGUAUCAAAUAAAUGUUGGUUAAAAAAUAUA